AUGAGAAUUCUCUGUUUCUAUAAAUUGCCUAUAUAUGAAGGAAGAGAUAUACUGAACAUUGUCACUCAUUGUGUUACAAUAGGAGCAAAUAUGAAAGACAUUGCUGAUGAGAAUGUUGCGGACAAUGUAAUAUCAUUAGAGGAGCAAACGUUAGCAGAAAAUGAUCCGAUGGUGCCGGAGGUGGGAAUGACCUUCAAUGAAGAAAAAGAAUUGUGGGACUUUUAUAAAGGAUAUGUGUAUUAUGUUGGGUUUCCAGUUAGAAGAAGGAAUUCGAAAAAAGGGAAUGAUGGGAAAAUGAAAUAUGUCACCUUCACAUGUAGUCGUGAAGACCGAAGAACAACUAGUACGAGCGGUUCUUUGAAGCCCCAACCAACAAUUCAGACAAAUUGUAAAGCCAGGAUCACUGCAUGUCCAGAUUAUCAUGGGAUCUGGAGAAUUAAUAAAGUCCACCUCGACCACAAUCAUAAAACAAGUCCUUCGAAGUCGAGGUUGUAUCGCUGUAAUCGGGAGUUGAGUUCACAUGUGAAACGGAAGCUUGAAGUAAAUGAUAUGACAGGAAUUCCAUUGCAUAAAAGCUACAACUCCGUAGUUGUUAAAGCGGGUGUAUAUGAAAAUAUCACUUGCGUGGAAAAUGAUUGUAGAAAUUAUGUUGAACAAGUGAGACGAUUAAGGCUUGGGGAAGGAGAUGCUGCAGCAAUAUACUCCUACUUUUCCAGGAUGCAAGCCCAAUGCUCGGGAUUCUACUUCAGCAUAGAUUUGGACAAUGAGUCUCGUUUGAGAAAUGUAUUUUGGGCAGAUAAUAGGUGUUGGGAAGCAUACAAAGAAUUCGGCGACGUUGUCACAUUUGACACCACUUACUUAACUAACAAGUACGAUAUGCCUUUUGCCCCUUUUGUUGGCAUUAAUUAUUACGGACAAUCAACACUACUCGGUUGUGGUUUAUUGUCGAAUGAGGACACGGAUACUUUUGUGUGGCUAUUUAGGACGUGGCCUCAGUGUAUGUAUGGAAAAGCUCCCCAAGGAAUCAUUACUGAUCAAGAUAGGGCUAUGCAAAACGCGAUUGAGAUUGUUUUUUCGGAUACAAAACAUCGAUGGUGUUUGUGGCAUAUUUUGAAGAAAUUGCCAGAAAAAUUUGGAUACCACAGUAAUAAGGCUUCGAUUUUUUCGAGCAUACAUGGCUUGGUGUAUGAUUCACAGUGUGUUGAAGAAUUCGAAGAAGGAAUGUCAACAACUCAGCGUAGUGAGAGUAUGCAUGCCUUCUUUGACGGGUAUGUUCAUUCGAAGACCUCUUUAAAACAGUUCGUCGAGCAAUAUGAACGAGCACUUAGGAAUAAAGUUGAGAAGGAGUUUUAG